CAGUCAGACUCUUUCUCUCGCUCCCAGUCAGUUUCAUACCCAAUACCGUGGCCAAUUCCUCAAAUUCCAGCCUUCUUCACGCUCCAAACCGCUGCGAAAGGGAGGGUACAAACAGUCCCUCCAGGACCUGCCACAUUACCUUCCUGUCAAACUCCAGCUCACCUGUCCGUGCCAAGGGGGGUUUGCCUGGUAUUCCGCUUUCAGUAGUGAGUGUGACCAGACCGCUCUGGGCACUGGUUCACCUCAGCGUCAGGACAGAGCAGAUUCCCUCCAAUCAACACGUACGGGAGUGUGUUUCUGUGACCCGGCGCUCAGCUUACAGGGCUCGUGCUCUGAUACUCACCCUGGGGAUGGGAGUAAUGAGGCAGCCGCAACAAAGCCCACUUCAGUCUGCAUCCCUCGCCUCUCCCAACAAGCCCCUGGAAGAGUGGCAGAGUACAGUGUGUGUGUGUCCCAGGUGUGUCCCUGGUCCCGGCCCCCGCCCUCUGCGCCUCCUUCCCCCCGCCGGCCUCCCCCGCUCCCUGGCCACCACGUCUGCGGCCUGGGCUCCGGCCCCCUCUCCGGGGGGAGCCAGCGAUGGGCUGAGGGAGGUGCUGGAGAAGCCGUUGGAGAACGACGCCGAGGGCGUGUGGAGCCCUGACAUCGAGCAGAGCUUCCAGGAGGCACUCGCCAUCUACCCGCCCUGCGGCCGCCGCAAGAUCAUCCUCUCUGACGAGGGAAAGAUGUACGGACGCAACGAGCUGAUCGCCAGAUACAUCAAACUCAGAACGGGGAAGUCACGAACCAGGAAGCAGGUGUCCAGUCACAUCCAGGUGCUGGCCCGCCGCAAGGCCCGGGACAUCCAGGUGAAGCUGAAGGACCACGUGGCCAAAGAGAAGGCCCUCCAGAGCAUGGCCGCCAUGUCCUCGGCCCAGAUCAUCUCCGCCUCCGUCUUCCAGAACAAGCUGAGCCUGCAGGAGCUCUCCCAGCCGCCCUACCCAUCGGCCCCGGGGUUCUGGCACGGUGCUAUGCAAGGACUACCCAUUCCUGAGGACAUCAAGCCAUUUUCACAGCAGAGCUACAACCCAGCUCCCAUUACAGGUUACGAGGGUGCGGUGGGCAUGUCCGUGUCCGGCAGCGCCCCCCCCUGGCAGGGCCGCAGUAUCGCCACGUCCAGGUUCCGCAUGCUGGAGUUUACCGCCUUCCUGGAGCAUCAGCUGGACCCUGAAACCUAUAACAAACACCUGUUUGUGCACAUCGGCCAGUCCAACCCCUCCUUCGGCGAGCCGUGUCUGGAGGCCGUGGAGGCGCGGCAGAUCUACGACAAGUUCCCCGAGAAGAGGGGCGGGCUGAAGGAGCUGUUCGAGAAGGGGCCGGCCGACGCCUUCUUCCUCGUCAAGUUCUGGGCAGACCUGGGCACCAGCCUCCAGGACGUGGGCUCGGAGUUCUACGGCAUGUCCAGUCUGUACGAGAGCUCGGAGAGCAUGACCAUCACCUCCUGCACCCGGGUCUGCUCCUUCAGCAAGCAGGUGGUGGAGAAGGUGGAGACGGACUGCGGCAGGCUGGAGAACGGUCGCUACGUGUACCGCUUCCAGCGCUCUCCCCUGUGCGAGUACAUGAUCAACUUCAUUCACAAGCUGCAGCACCUGCCCGAGAAGUACAUGAUGAACAGCGUGCUGGAGAACUUCACCAUCCUGCAGCGGGUGCUGCACAUAAAAAGACAGAAACAAACCGGGCGAUUGAAAGAGUGUGGUGCACAGAGGUCACAGGGUGGUCUCUCCCGGCAGGUGGUGUCGAACAGAGACACGCUGGAGACCCUGCUGUGUGUGGCGUACGUCUUCGAGGUGUCCACCAGCAAGCACGGUGCCCAGUACCACAUCUACAGGCUUGUCAAGGACUAAGACACAGGUGCACGAGACCACAGGACCAUCUCCUGUCACUACGGCAACAAACUCCUCCCUCUGGGACUCCAGUAGACCCUGGGCUGUGGAUGCUGUGGACAGCCAGCAGUCCAGCCAUGUUGGAACAUUUAUAAAGAGUCUCGUGCCUGGAUGAGGGCAAAUGGAAAUUGGGUCCUGGGAUGUUGUCACUGUUAUGUUAUUUAAUUUAACUUUUAUUUUUUACUGAAAGAGACAACCUGUAAACAAUGCAUGCACGGGACUGUCUGUUUCCCAAUUAAAACAUUUCUGUUUUGCACAGUUGCAUGUGUGGGAACCGCAGUCAAAGGUAGCUGAGGAAAGAGUCCCACAGUGCCAUCUGGUGGUAGUCACAGGGAAGUGCACCGCGGCUGCAGUCAGGACGCCGCUGCGGGAUUGCAAACCGCGAAAGUCUACGCUUUCUUAUGUAGCCAGUGCCGGUUCCGUCUCUUUUCCCUUGCCAGAUUACGAGUGGCGUUCGCUCCAAAACGCUCCAGCCGUCAGGGUCCAGUUGCCAUGUCGAAGACCUUUAUCGGAAUUGUCCAUAGUAACGGACAAACGCAUGUAUGUUGGAGUUGUUUUUCAGAUGUAAAAUUAUAUUAGUCAUUUAUUGCCACUGUAUGAAAAUAAAAGCAGGGUGAGAUGGAACUA